AUGCUCUCCGCACUGGAGCGGCUCAUCAUAUGGCUCCUCCGUCCGAUCCUUCGCCGGCUGCUCGGCCGCAAGGCCUCGAGCGUGGACAUGGAGCUCCAGUCCGGCGUGCUGCGGCUCAGCGACGUCGAGCUGUCGCGAAAGACGCUCGCCGGCCUCAGCCUGCCGCUCACCAUCUCCAGCGCGACGGUCCGCAAGCUCGAGGUGCUGCUGCCGUGGCGGAAAGGCGUGCAACUCUCGACGCCGUUCGUCGUGCGCAUUGAUGGCGUCUCCGCCGUCCUGUGCGCUCGGAUGGAGGCGGCGGACGAGGCGGUGGGCGAGGGGAGGAAGCAGCAGCACGAGUCCCAGCCGCAGCCACGGGCGGAGCAGCGCGAGAGCUCUCGGGCGUGGCUGGCGCGCCGCAAGGCUGCGCGGCUCGGCGCCACCGCCACUGCGAGCAAGGAGCCGGCGGCGGCCGAGGAGGAGGCGCCGCCGCGGCUCGACGCCGCACAGCAGCGGGCGCUGCUGGACAUGGUGCUUCGGUCGCUGACCGUGACCAUCACCAACGUGAGCUUGCGGCUGGAGGAGGGCUCUGGCAGCGUGGCGGAGAGCGGCGCUCCGGCCCGGUCGGGCGCCCGCCUCUCGUGGCUCGAGGCGCGGCUCGAGGCGGCGAGCCUGCGCUGCAGGAGGGACGCGAGGCUGCCCGGUCUGCUCGCGGUGAUUCCGCUGCCGGCGUGGCUGCCGUGGCUGUCGCGGAGAAAGGCGGCUGGCUCGCGCGAGCAGGAGGCGGCCAUCGAGCUCGAAGCGACCGUCUCUGCGCGCUGGCGCGACGGCGAGGGCGAGGCGGGCGGAGCCGCCCCAGAGGCGGAGAGCGCGGCGAGCGAGGCGAGUGUGCUGCUGCCGGCCGCGGCCCUCGAAUUUGGAGUGCGGCUCGCGCGGCGCGCGGCCCACGCCGAGUCGCUCGAGCGGCACCGCCACUUGCGUCCGCCGGUGCGCGUCAGUCACCCGAGAGGGGUGGCGGCCGAGUGGUGGCGGUACGCGGGCACGGCGGUGCUGCUCGACCUCGGCGAGGGGAGGAGGGCAGCCUCGGCGGCAGAGGUCCGGAGGAGGGCGGGCGCACUCUCGCAGUACGAGGCGGAGCUGCUGCGGCUCGGCUGGGGGGCGGGCGGCGAGCUGCCCACGCCGAGCGCGGCUCAGCUCGCCCUCGAGGAGCAGCUCGACGAGCGGCUGCUGCUGCGGGCGAGGGAGCGGGCGGCGGAGAAGCGGGCGGCGGAGAGGGCAGCGGGACAGAGAGCCAGGAGGGAGGGCGAGGCGCCACCGACCUCCCCCGACCGAGGCGGCGGCAGCGGGAGUGGCGGCGGCACCAGCACCGAUGGUGAGGCAGGGCUCGAGCGGCUGCAGCUGAGCGCUUCGCUCAAGCUCACCGCGCGAGGCGUGUGCGUCUGGCUGCCGCUCGCCGCGCCUGGUGAGCGGUUCGCGGCGGGAGAGGUCUCUUUGAAGCCGCGCCGCGGCAGCCCCUCGGCUUGCGCCGCUUCGCUCGGUCUCUCCGUCGGCCGGGUCAGCGCGGACGUGGACCAUUGCCUCACGCGUGGCGACGCGGGCAGCUCCUCCUCCUCGGGCGGCGGCGAGGUGGGCACCUCCUCCCGCGUGAGCGCCGGGAUCGAGGCGGUCUCUGUCUUCUACACCGGCUUGUCUACCGGCUUGUCUGCUCGCUCGGGCCCGGGCGAGGGAGAUGGCGCAGGAUACCUGCUGCGGGUCUUGUCUGGCGCCGCACCCUCCGCGCCGCCGCCGAGGCGCCGCAAGUCAACUGACCUGACGACCCCCCCGCGCGACUUUGAGGCGGGCGGCGGGCGAAGCCACGCGCCUGGCGGCGCCGAGACGGCUCCCGCGCUGCAGCUGACUGCAAGCCUGGAGACGAGCGGCGGCGCGACGACGCACGCCACCGUCGGCUUGUGCGUCGCCCACCCGACGACCCUUUCCCUCGAGCUCGGGCUCCUCCCGCUGCUCGCAAGCACCGCCGCCGCGCUGCGACCUCCGCCGGCACCAGCGCCCUUCCGGCUGCAUCCCCGGGAGGAGGAGGAGCACCUCGCCGCAGCCGUCGAGCGACUGGCGCGGCGCGACCUCGACCUCGCCAGAGUGCCGGAUGCAGACAAGGGGCUGACCACCCCCCCGGCCAGCCCCCCAGCCGCGGCGAGGAUGAUUGGCGUGCAGCUGGACGUGGUGUCGCCGGCGCUCGAGCUCGGCACGCACCUCGCGAGUCUCGCCGCGCCGCUCGCGCCGAGCCACGCAGGCGACCGCCACCCUGGCGAGACUGCCGCCGCCGCGACGGUGGCGAAGGCACCGACCGCGGAGGGUUCGGGCGGGCUCGGUGGCUUGCUGGAGCGCGCGAGCGUCCGGCUGCAGCUGCGCGAGAUCGAGGUGAGCCUUGCUCUCGCUGACACACUCGCCGACCGGGAGGACGACAUCGACGCGGGCGGCGGCGGCGAGCGCAGGCGCGCAGCCGAGCAUUCCGCAACGGGGCCUGAGGAGGGGGAGGCCGCGACCGCUUCGCUGGUGGUGAGGGUCGCACCUCUCGACGUCGACCUAGCCGCUGAUGCCUCGGGCGUGGAGCUCAAGGUCGCCGUCGGUCGGCUGCUCGUGCUCGACCGCCGGCGCGGCGUACCCGCCGCAGCCUCAGCUGCGCUGGACGUCGAGGCGGCGGCGGCGGCGGAGAUGCCGCUAGGCGUGCGCGUGGCGGUAGAGGGUGGACGUUGCGUCUCUGACGAGGCGCGCUCUGACGCUGCGUGCAUGCCGACCUCGCCGCUGCUUUGCUUGCGCAAGCGGCGGGAGGAGGCCGAGGGGGGAGGCAGCACGAGCCUGGUGGUGCUUGCCGACGCGUCGUCUGUGCAGCUGGGCUGGAGCCCCGGGCUGGUUGCCGUGUGCUACCGCACGCUGGGCGAAGCCAAGCAAGCCAUCGCUGAGGCGGAGGCGGACGCCUCGAGCGGCGCGAGGAGUGUCGAGGUGGACGCGCGCGUUGGCGUGCUGAGCUUGGCGCUCCGCGCAGAGCCGCUGCCGGGCCCGUGGCCUGGUGCGGACUGGGACGUCGCAGCUGGUGAGACCUUCGAGGUGGUGCUGCCGUUCGAAGGCCGGCCGGCGCCGCCGAUCGUGCUGAUUCUGGCCGACGCCCUCCGUCUGGAGCUCCGCCGUGCCGUUCCUGCGGGUGGCGGGCGGACCGACCUCAGCCUUGCCAUCGCCACUUCCGUACGCGAGCUCUCUGUCCCAGAGGACCAGGGGUCUCGAGCAGCCAGCUUCUCCAUGGGCAGCGCUACUGCGGGCGUGCUCGACGUCACGGUGGACGUUUCGCCCGUCUGCUUUGACAUGCGCAUCGCGCCGAUGCUGCGCGGGAUCGAGUACAUCGAGCGCGGGAUUCGCAAGCCGCUCGCGCUCCUCAUCAUGCCCACCGUCUCCGAUGGCGCCCUCGAAUUCCGUGCGGUCGACGUGAGCGUCGCCUCGACUUCGGUGAGUGAGUCGACGCUGCUCGACCUCAUCACCGAGCUGCCAGAGCUGUCUCUCACGCUGCGCAAGCCCCUCUCGAACCUCGCCGCGUCGAAGGCCAACGUCCCGCUGCAGCAGCUCGACAUCAACCUCCCUGACGCGACCGCGCACCUCGGCCUCUGCCCUGCCGACGUCGCGCUGCUGCUCGGGGUCUGGCUCGACAACCUCAACGUGUUCCCGCUGCUCCCGAAGGGCAAGGUGGAGUUCGACCGCCGCAAGACGGUGAUGAUGCGGAUCUGCGUCCGCCUCACGCAGGCGGCGCUCUGGCUGCACGAUGUCGAAGGCCACCGCGCCCUGCUGCGCCUGCGACUCGACGACGUCCGCGUCACCGUCUCAAAGGCGCUCGACACAAAGACGCAGAUCUCUGUCACCCUCGGCAGCCUCUCGGCGCACGUCAACGCCGUCACGGCCGACGGGGAUGCCGCCUGGCUCCCGAUGCUCGCUCCUCCGCUCGACGGGCCCGCGGCGGCUGCAGAGGCGAGCGCCGCCGUCGGCGCCGCGGCCGAAGCCACAGCGGGCGCCGCCACUCCCAAGGAUGCAGACGGCGCCAGGCCCGCGGACACCGGCGUGGCCAUUGCGGUUGCGACCAAGGGCGAGGAGCCAGACGAGGUGGACAUCUCGCUCGGUCGGCUGUGCGUCUCCCUGCACGCCGAGCCGCUGAUGCGCCUCACAGAGUUCGGCGCGUUCGCGGGCUCCUGCUGCAGCGCGGGCGCGUCGUCGGUGGGCUCGAGCGCAGUCGUCGAGAGCACGGUGGGCUCGACGCUCCGGCUCGCGGUGCCGAUGAUCCAGCUGGUGGUGAGCGAGCCGAGCCCCGCGGCGGUGCGCGACGCCGACGGGACGUGCGACGACGGCGGGGGGGCGGGCCCUCUGCCGAUGAGCCUGCACUGCGCGCGAGACGUCUUGCCUCGCAUAAUUGCGCUGCACUUUGGCCUCACCCUCGAGCUCUCCAAGGCGGCCGCCAACUACGACGAGGCCGCGGCGCAGUCGAAGACCGAGCAGAUGACGCUCGUCCUCCGCCACCACCACGCGUGCGCCCCCCUCGGCUACCACGAGCUGCCCGCGCCCGACGCGACGCUGCUGUCGCCGGCAGCCCACGAGGCGCGCGCGCCCGGCGGACUGUGCACGUUGCGGGCGCUGCCCUCGGCCGCCGACUCCACGGCGGCUCUCCUCGAGCCCUUCAAGCUCCACGCCUCCCAGUCUCAGCGGCUCAGCCGUCGGCACGCCUCCCUGAUGCUCGAGCAGCCGAUCCGCUUGUCGCUGUCGCGCGAGACGCUCCCGUGUGUGCCGACGCCCCUCACACCGACCAAGCCGGCUGCCCUCGGCACCGGGUCCAGCAGCGCCAGCUUGGGCGUCGCACCCGACGAGCAGCUCAGCGCGAUCGGCUCCAUCCCCGGUGUCGAGGUGACGCUGCUCUCUGCCGACCGGCUGCCGCUGCCACUCGUGCAGCUCGCUUUGGGGGGCGAGGGGCAGCCAAUCACGGUCGCUGUCGAGCAGGCCUCCUCGGCCCUGCCGCUCCUCGCGGAGGCGUGCGUGCCGCUGAGCGCUCGUUGGCACAACGCGGGGCUGCUCUGCUGGGAGCCGCUCAUCGAGCCGGCCGACAUACAGCUCAAGGCGCAGCAGUCGUCGGCCGGGAGCGCGCUGACCACCAUCAACGUCGGGCUCUCCUCGCCGCUCGAGCUCAACCUCAGCGACUCGAUGCUCCGCGAUGCGCAGGUCAACUUGCGCGCGGGACUCGCCGCGCGCGCCGUGCGCCUCGCCCACAACGAGACAGGCGAGUCGCUCGACUAUUGGGCGACCGAGGGAGAGACCGGCAGCGGGCCCGAGAGAGACGGCCAGCAAGGCUUCGGCGGCGGCGGAGGCAGGUGGGGCGGCGACAAGAGCGGCGGCCGAGAGGUCCGCGCUCCGCCCGAUGCGCCGUGCCGCCUCGCGGCGGGCGGCACCGCGAGGCUCGACCUCUGGGACCGCGCGGCCGCGGCCCGGAUGGCGGUGGGCGGCUGGUGCGAGGACUUGCCGCGGCGGCUGACGGUGCAGAUCGAGGGCGCGGCGCCCUUCGCCGGCCUCGUCGUCAACCAGCCAGGCACGAGCGUGAUUCCGGUGACGGUGGCCGACGAGGGCGCCGCGCCGGCGCCUCUUGCCCGCGCGCUCGUCUGCGAGGUGGAGGACCGGGACGGCGGCACGUGGCUCGUGAUCCGCUCGAUGAUGAGCCUCGUCAACUGCACCCAGCGCACGCUGGCGGUGGACAUGGACCUGCCCGGCGAGCCGCUGCAGCAUGCCGGGCUGCUGCGCCCGGGCGGCGGCACGCUACCCGCGGAGGAGGAGGCGGCGUGGCGCAGCCUGAGCGGGGCGCCCGAGUCGGAGCACCUCGUCAAGCUCGUCACGUGCACGCUCAGCGCCUCGGAGGCGUCCGUCUUGAGCAAGGCGACGGCGACGGCGCACGCCGGCGACCUCUACCUCGGCUCGGCGGCGCUGUACUUCCUCGGCAGCCGCACCGCCUUCGUCAAGGAGCGGCGCGAGCUCUCCCUCCCCUACUCCAGCAUCGCCGACCGGCUCACCGAGAACGUCGCGCUGCGCUCCAAGUUUGGCCUCGAGCACGACCCGUCGCUCUUCGUGCUCGCCGAGUUCGGCUGCGCGCUGGUCCACGCGGAGGGCUCCUCGAAGGGCAAGCUGUACGUGACGCAGCGCUACCUCUGCUUCAAGGGCUCGCUCUUCGGCCGCGAGACGCGCGCGGUCUACGCCUUCGACGAGGUGCUCUCGGUCGAGCCGUGCGAGUCGCCGGCGCCAAACUCGAUCUCGCUCGCCUGCACCACGUCGGAGGAGCGCUUCACCUUCUUCGGCGCGCGCGCGCCGGUGCUCGCGAUCCUCUCGCAGAUGCUCGCCGUCUCGCGGGGCGACCACCUCCUGCCGACAGAGAUGGGCGCCGCCCCGAGCGCGCCGCCCGAGCUCACGCCCUCGCCCUUCCUCGAGCGGCCGCGCGUGCCGCUGCAGCCCUUCGUCGUGCGGCCGCUGCCACUCGGCGAGCGAUGCCACCUGCUGGCCACGUGCUGGCGCUUUCCCGUCAAGGCGACCUCCGUCACCGGCUGCCCGGCCACGGUGCUGCUGCAGGCCCCGGCGGCGGUGCAGAACCUGCUGCCCGAGCCGCUCGAGUGGCGCAUCACGAGCGGCCGCGGCGAGCCGCCCGUCGCCCGCGACGAGCUGCCUCCCCACGGGGAGCUGCACGAGAUCUGCUGCAUGGUGGCCGGAGGCAGGUACGCGCUCCAGCUGCGGCUGCCCGGCUACGACUGGUCCUCGCCCAUAGACCUCGACUCGCGCGGCCGGCUCGCUGCCGCCGACCGGUUGGAGAUGGUGCGGCUUCGGCCGCGGCAGCAUGUGCGGCAGGAGUUCGCCGAGAAUGGGCGGCGGCGAGACAAGAACUCCGUGCUCCGGCUGCUCGUGCAGCUCCGGUCGGGAUGCCGCUGCGCUCGGCAGCUGCUUCAGGAGGAGGAGUCGCGGCUCAACGACAACCAGACGCUGCUCCAGUCGGUCGGGCCUGGAGCGCGCCACGCGAUCGCAGUGCGCGUCGCGCCCGACGCGCUCGAGCUCGGCGCGAGCGCGGCGCGCUCGCUGCGCGCCGGUCGGUACGACCUCGCGCUCCACCUCGCGCCGCUGCAGGGCGCCGACCACGGCCGUAUCAAGGUGGUCACGUUUGUGCAGCGCUUCUGGCUGAGCAACCGCGUCGGGCUCGCGCUAGAGUGCGAGCAACACGACCCGAAGAGCGGCGGCCUCGGCAGCACCGCGAAAGCGGCAGCGGCGGCGCAGGAGCCAUCCGACGCAGACGCCGCCGCGCGCGCCAAGGCGAGUGGGCGCGAGCGCAGCACCUCGCGGAUCAUCAGGCGCACGCGCGAGGUUGUGCCGCGCGAUCGCACCGCCGCUCCGCUUGCAGCGGGAGAGCGCGCGCCGUGGCACUGGCCGUCGACGAAGGAGGAGUCGCUGCUGCGCGUGCGGCCGGCGCCCGGCCAGGGCGAGCGAGGCUUUGUCCCCGGCCCAGACGAGGGCUGGUCGAGCGCCUUUCCGAUCGACGCGCCGGGCAGCUUCCUCGUCUUUUGCUGGCAGGGCGUCCCCCCCGAGGAGGAGGGCUGGUGGCCGUCCCUGCUCCGGCUGCUCGUCUCGGUCGAGCUCGUCGACGCGCGCAUUGAGGUCACCUUUGAGCUCGCACCGCCCUCCGUCCCGUCCCCGAUCCGCGUCGACAACCAAACCUCGUUCGUCGCCACGUUUUGGCAGCGCGGCGUCGAGCGCGCGGCUGCCUCACCGCACCGCGUCGCCGCCAGCCGCGCGGCGCCCUUCGCAUGGGCGGAGUCGGCGUUGGACCACACCCUGUGCGUCUCACUCCACCGCUCGUCGGAGGCGGGGCGGGCCCACGGGGCGGCGGUGCCCGUAGUCGAGGCCCAGCCAGUCAACCUCGACGCCUUCGACCAGUCCCUCGCCCUUGGCUCGCACCGACCGGCCGCGGCCCGUGGCGUGUCCACCGACAGCGGCCGGCCCAGCGCGGAGGAGGAGGGCGAGGACGAGAGCCUCCUGGAGAGGUCAAACAGCCGGCGGCGGAAGGGCUCGAGCUCGCGACGGCAGGAGGAGACGGUGGCGUGGGCGACUGUCGAGCUGCUCGACGGCGUGCGCGUUCUCACGCUGACGGAGGAGCGGCCGCCCGCCGCGAUGUCGAGCCUCUCGGUGGACGAGGCGAACUUGAUCAUCGUCGUCGACGUCGUCGGCGUCGGCCUGUCGGUGGUGCACGCCGCGGGCGGCGAGGAGUGUCUCUACGUCUCCGCUACCGGCCUCAAGCUGGACGCCGUCCUCUCCACCACCGCCGCCACCUUCGAGUUUGCCCUGUCCUCGUUUCAGAUCGACAACCAGCUGCAGUACGCGACGCUGCCGGCGGUGCUCUCCCUCGCGGACCCGAAUCCCAAGCCGGGCACGCACGCGCUGCACCUCUCCGUCGUCAAGCAGCUCCGCGCCGCGGGCGCCGCCGUCGACUGGUGGGAGUACGCCUCAUGCCGUCUGCUCGAGCUCGAGCUCGCGGCCGAGCCGAUCCUAAUCCAGGCCCUCCUCGACUUUGCCUACGCUGCGCGGCUGCCCAGCCUCAUCCGCCUCCUCAACGGCUCGCAGGCGCGGCUGCAGUACUUCCGGAGGCUCGAGCUGCACCCGGUGCGGCUCUCGAUCACGUUCCACCACAACAACAACCUCGGCCUCGAGCGCGGCGCCCCGCUCCUGCUCGUGCCGAUCCCGCACAUCGACGACGCGGCGAUCCACCUCUCGGCGCUGCUCCGCGAGCACCUCGUCGGCACGGCCGAGGAGCUCGCCCUCACGCUGCUCAACCACUACAAGUUCUCGCUGCUCCGCCAGCUAAUGCUCGUGCUGCUGCAGGUGGACAUGCUCGGCGACCCGGUCGGCUUCAUGCGCUCGUGGGGCACCGGCGUCAAGGACCUGUUCUACCUGCCCGCCAAGGCGGUCGUGCAGCGGCCGCGCGAGUUUGGCCGCGCCGUCGCCGCCGGCAGCGCCUCGUUUGCGAAGAACAGCAUCGGCGCGCCGAUCAACUCAAUCGGCAAGUUUGUCGGCGGCCUCGAGCGGGCCACGGACCGCGCGCUCGCCGCGAUGGACAUGGGCAAGAGCGGCGGCCGCUGGGCGCAGGCGCGCGAGUCGGAGCGGCGCCACGGCCUCGACUCGCGCGGCGCCAAGGCGGCGGCCAAGGAGUCUGGCCGCCACCUGGUCGACGGGACCACCAAGCUCGGCCUCGGCAUCCUCUCUGGCGUGGUGGGCAUCGUGCGCGAGCCGGUCAAGGGGGCGAUGUCGGACGGCAUGCGUGGCUUCUCCAUCGGCGUCGGCAAGGGCAUCGCCGGCGCGGCGAUCCGGCCGACGGCAGGCGCGCUCGCCUUCGCCUCGGGCAUGACGGGCGCCGUGCAGGGCCUUGGCGGCGAGACGGAGGCGACGUCGACACACUCGGCGCGGGUGGGCAGGCGUCGCCCGCCGCGCCGGCUCCAGCCGAACACCGCGGCGGCUGGCGCGCCCCAGCGGCGGCUCGUGCCCUACUCGCUCUCGGAGGCGCUCGCGCAGCAGGUGCUCCACUCGGCGGGGGAGGGGCGGUACGCAAGCGAGGCGCUGCUCCACUUCGAGCUGCUGACGCCGCCCGCGCCCAGCCCACCGCCCGGCGAGGGCAGCCGCGCCAGGGCGGCCGUGUUGGUUCUCACCGGCGUGCGGCUGCUCGUGGUUGACACCGGGAGCUGGACCGCCACCCUCAACCUGCAGCUGCGCAAGGUUGCGGGCGCCGAGCCGGACGGCGACAGGCUGCUGCUCGCCUCGUCCAUCGUCUCCUCCGAGACAAGCGAGCGGCGCAUGCUGCGCGGCGGCGGCGCACCUGUCGAGAAGCGCGUGCGAGUGGCGUGCUACUCGGAGCAGCUCGCCGCCGACCUCGCCUCGCGCAUCACGACCGCAUCCUUCUACGCGCGCACGCGCCGCACGGUGCUGCAGCAGUCGCGGGCCCUCACGCGCGGCGGCCUCGGCGAGUCGAGCUCUUCCGCUGCCACAGCGCUUGGCCGCGAGAUGAGCGAGCUGAGCGCUUCGACCAGCCUCUGGGACGAGAGCGAGGACAGCCACGGGGGCGUGGCGCCGCGCUCCUUGACGCCCUCCUCCAUCCUAGAGCAGGAGGAGGAGGGCAACCCGGCGGCAGCAAGGUAA